AUGGGACAUUCGGCAGCACACAGACAGAUGGGUAAAGCAAGAAGGGACAAAAUUUGGACCUGGCGCUGCCAAUGGAGUGUAGUGACAAUAGCAGCCAUUGCCUUGGUUGUCUACAACGCCAUCGCCAACGUCUGGUUACUCCAUCCACCAUCAUGUCCGACUCACACAACGGCACCUCCAUCAGACCCGCCGACUUGCGAGCCCUGCAUCGAAACAGUAUCAAACGCUGCCUUAGAUGAUGAUCCCAUAUCCAGAUUAGAUCUACGACUUGGAAGAUGGGAUGGGUCCAGGUCAUACAGACUCUUCGAUUAUGUUACGGUGGGAGAAUUAUACCCUGAAGUUUCAUCUUCGCGUCGGGUUUGCUUAGCAACACAAAGCUCUAUAGAAAGACUUCAUGAGUUACUGAGAAUAGCUGCUCAUUGGACCGGACCAAUAUCGGUGGCAGUAUUUGUAGCAGGAGAUGAAUUGAGAUUGCUCAGAGCUUUUGCUACCUGGUUGUUUAGGUGCCGACCAGAGAUAUAUUCAAGAUUGACACUACAUGUAACGAUGCCCUCUGAAAGACCUGGAGUGCAUGGUUCCAUGCCAGUAUGGGCGAGAGACUGCGAGACGGCGCCAUUACCUCCUGGAGAAAGGAGAUCUGAUACAGUCGCCUGGCGAGCAAGGCAUCCGUAUCCUCAAAAUCAUUUGAGAAAUUUGGCAAGAAAAAACUGUCACACGCCUUAUGUCUUCUUAGUCGACGUUGACAUAGUACCUUCUAGAGGAAUGGCAGAAGCCUUGGACAAGUUUCUAGAGAAUACUCCUAAAUGUCCUCUGUGUGCUUUUGUGGUACCUACUUACGAACUUGACCGCAGGGUUGCCAACUUUCCGGUAAAUAAAUCAGAACUGGUACGGCUAUCUAAACGGAAGCUGGCAAUACCGUUCCAUAGAAAGGUUUUUAUUUAUAAUCAGUAUGCAUCUAACUUUUCAAGGUGGGAAGCGUCAGGUGGAAAUGAGAGCUUAGAAACCCACGUCAGCCAUAAUGUUACCAACUUCGAGCUCCUCUAUGAGCCGUUCUACGUGGCACCGGACACCGUUCCAGCACAUGACGAGCGUUUUCUUGGAUAUGGGUUCACCAGGAACACGCAGCCAGUUGAUUGUGACAUCACGUCCGCGGCGCGAGGCCAAUGUGUCGUAGAUGUAAUCCUGCGGUUCCGAUGGAUGGAGGAACGGACGGUUAGUAUGUGUUGGGUAAUGUCAGGAGUGGGAAAAUGA